AGGGACACACAGUGUGUUGGCGGCUGAGGAGGCGGAUAGUGAUAGAAUGCUGGCAUUGUUUUUGGAUUUAGAAGAAUCAAUUCGUUUAUCACUUUUGGCGUGUGUUCAAGACUCGCUAGUGGUGCACAUGGUUAUCCUGGUGGUUGCUUUCUAGGUGACUGUACGAGGUUGUCGGUUGGCGCCUGUGUAUAGCGUGUUACAAGGAGUUUACGCAGUCUUUAUAGUGAAGCCUACUUAGUUUGAAGCGUGACAUUGAUGGCGCUCAUGAUGAACCGCCGCGGAGGAUUCAGCGGGCGGCGCCAUAGCUUCCUGGAUUUGUCGUGCGGCGGUGCUAGUCUGAGGCCCCGCAGCUGCUCCACCAGCGUGCUGACGGUCACCGAGUCCACGCCGGAGCUCAGGAGUCCGGCUGACUUCAGGCGUCCCCCAGCCACGCAGUGCUUCAUAAGCCCACGCAUGGCCUUUACCCCACAGUUCAGUUACGACUCCCCGAUUCAGAUAAUCACUUGUGGCAGCAACACUGCGUUGAAACCCAUAGUUCAGCGUUUCCGUCUUGGGCCUCUGCUGUGCUCGAAGAAAGGUCUGCUUUUAAUCGCGCUUCUCACCAUUAGCAUAGUGUCGUUCCUCUUCCUGAACGGGAAAGAAUAUGGGCUACAAACAGAGGGACAGUGUGACACGCAGGACCCAGCGGCGCCUUGCCACGGCCACGAGGCAGCCAAUCCCCUGAAGGUAUCGAGAUUUCUAAGAGAGCAAUUCAUUUGGAAACAGCCUACCGCAGACAUCGAACAGGAUGAUGCUCCGGUGGCACAGGAAGAGGAAGAGGAAGAAGAUGUAGAAGAGGAAGAGAAAGAGGAGGAAGAGCGAAAGGAAGGGUCUUCAGAGCAGAGGACAAACAGGCCAAGAAUGUUGACUGUCCAUGGCCAGUAUGAAAGCAGUGCAGAGGAAAUACAUAAUCAAGACACUUCACGUGAGUCCGCCUUCGCUAACAAACCAGAAGCUCGUGGUGAACACGGAGAGGAAAACAAAGGCAAAGAUCAUCUUUCCAGAGAAGACCUUCAGCGAGCAAGCCGUGCUGUCAUGAAUGGAGAGGGGACCUAUCCAGAUGCACAAAUAAACAACAAAGAGCAGCAUUCCAUGAGAGUUAUCAGUGAGGAGAGGCUGCCGCUCACGCCGCAACAGCCUGUCAGUGUAAAGCCAGACGGUGAACUUAAGGCGCGUAGCCAAAGAUAUAUUCAUGAACACCCUCCUCAAAGGGGCCAUGAAUAUCUAGAACAGCUUUAUAUCCAGCACGGGAACCAAAAUCAAGGUUAUCAACAUGAGCAACAAAUUGUGCAGCAAGAAAUAGAAGCGCAAGAAUGGAGACUCCGCCAGCAGGAGGAAAUGUGGCAGGAACAUGGUCGCCAAGCACACCAGAAGGCGAGGGAGAACUACGCUCCACCGCAUAGAAGGGAGCUACACUACCCUCCCCCGUCCGGCGGCCCCCAUCAUGCGGAGUCUGGAGGGCUGGACAGGCAGCAUCCGGUGUGGAGAGACCACCAGCUUCAUGGUCAGAGGCUGCCGCGGGGCGUUAGUCCCCGCAGGUAUCAUAGGAGCGGGGACCUCUGAUCCUGGUUUUAAAUGUGAUAGUUAACAUCUGUUAACAUUUGUUAACAUUUGUUAACAUUUGUUUAACUAACUUUUUAAUUAAACCGAUUUUAAAUGUGAUUGUUAACAUUUUGUUUUAAGUGUUUUUAAUUCCACGCUGAAUGUAGUUUGCAAUAAUCACUGGAUACUUGAUUAAGAGCUUAAUAAACAUCUUAUCUGAGUAAA